AUGAUUUUACAACUUGUUAACCUCUUCAAAGCUGCGAGGAUGUUUUCAACCAUCGUCGGUCGCUCUGGUCGCGAAUACGUGCACCAACAGGUCAUCUACGAACACCCAUCGAAGAAGCCGGAACUUAACAUUCACCUUGGCCGCUGCGAUGGCAAACCAUACGUUUUGAAGCCUGUUUCCCCUUCGAUUUUCGACUUCCUUCAGAGUUUCAAGGAAGAAUUCAAGAACAAUCAUCGCCUAAGGCAUCAUUUAGAUGAUAAUGAUACUCAAAAGGUACUCGUUUACGAGUACUUCAAAUCCAAUCUGCUUGAACUGGUAGAUGCUUAUGCGCCUCUUCCUUUAUUGGCAAGAAAGACUAUUCUUAAAGAGGUUGGAUUGGCAUUGAAAGAUAUGCAUAGCAAACAUUGGAUACAUUUAGACAUCAAGCCUGACAAUGUCUUUCUCAACUGGUAUCUCGACAACGAUGACAAAUUUCAUGUGGACAAGGUACAACUUGGUGAUAUGGACUGUGCUUUAAAAUUAGAAGGGCAAAAGCUUCUCAAUCAUAGGAUAGGGAACAUGAUGUGGCAAAGUCCAGAAGGACAAGUAGGAAAGGGUAUCGGGAAACCUUCGGAGCUUCUUUCCAAUUUCGGUCCAUUACCAGAUGCAUUAGUAGAGCAUGUUCAGGAUAAGAAAGGAGGAGCACUCUUGAAAGAUCUAUGGGAAAUGGUUGUAGCGGAGGAACGAAGAGAAGGCUAUGAAUCUUUUGAAGAAUGGAGCGAGAAAAAUUAUCGUAAUCUGGAUAAUGAGGCUAAGAGGUUGAUAUUGAGGAUGACGAAUUUGGACCCUGCUAAAAGGGCUUCGAUGGAGGAUAUUAUGAUAGAUUCUUAUUGGGAUGGAGUUGAUUCACAUGGUGUUUUUGAAAUCAUCUGUGAAGAUAUUGAUUAG